AUGUGGCACUACGGACUUGUUGUUCUGUGCGUCUCUGUAACAGGUCUGGUCUCGUCUCCAGCAGACAGCGAGGGAUUAUUUUACGCGCUCAGAUCUGAACUGUCAGAGGACGCAAUACUCGUGGCCAACAACGGAAUCCGCGUGCCUUUUGGGAGAUCCAUCUACAUUGAUCCCAUAAACGACUUGGUGAUCCAGACGCAGCCGGGGGACAGGUGCAGCAUCACGGUGCUGGAUAACGACCCGCUCUCCCAGAGACCAGGACACCUCUCUCCCAAAAAGUUUCCCUGUGAUUUCGGUCCUAACGACGUGACGUACUCGCACUACGGCUCGCGCAGUCCCACCAGAGACAGAGUGAGGCUGCAGCUCAGGUAUGAUGCUCAAACCGAGACCGUUAUUAUCCCCUUUAUGAUGGAAGUGGAAGUGGUUUUUACGCAGCUAGAGUUACUCACCAAAAACAUGCCGCUCACCGUGGACAGCCUCAGAGGCACCAGUAACCCCAUAGACAAGAAGACACUCGAGUUUACCUACGACAGAGACUUGUACAAAUGCGAAGUGACGUCUCUGUCCAGUGGCAGUGGCUUGCCUAGAUAUGGAAGUCUGUUAGACGCAGGCAAACUUUCCUCAAUGAUGGACUGUGAUGAGUUUACGCACGCCAACAUACGCUAUGAGCACAAGUUUGAGCGUAAAUCCCCAAAUAGAGAUUACGUCCCUAUGGUGGUUGAGCUGCACGAUAUGGAGGGUAAUUUAGUCAAACAAGAGUACUUUCAUUUGAUGAUCCGUAUCAAGGAAGGCGAGGAAAACACGCCGCCCAAACCCAGCUUUGUGUCAAUGAUGAUGAUGGAGGUGAGUCAGUUUGUCAUGACAGCGCUCACUUCUGACAUGCUGGCAGCUGAAGACGCAGAGUCCAACCCAGACGAGUUAAUCUUUAAUAUUACCUCUCCUCUUUCCUAUGAGGAGGGCUAUAUAGUGAGCACAGAUGAUAGAAACUUGCCUAUUACAUCAUUUUACCAAAGAGACUUGAGGGACUUGAAAAUAGCCUACAAGCCCCCUUCUUUAGAUUCAGAUACAGAGAGGAUAUUCCAGUUAGAGUUUGAAAUAGUGGACACAGAUGGGGCUAUCUCUGACCCCUUUGCUUUUAUGAUAGUGGUUAAGCCUAUGAAUACACUUGCCCCUGUAGUAACUCGUAACACAGGACAGCUCCUGUAUGAAGGGCAGUCCAGACCCCUUUUCACUGCACAUAAUUUAGAAAUAAGUGAUGAGGAUAAUCUAGAAAUGGUCACUAUUACUGUGGUAGACGGGCUUAGACACGGUGACCUCAUGGUGCUUGGGUCAGACAAGAAAUUUUUCACAGCAGCAGAUCUCAACACAGGAGUAGUCGUUUAUCAGCACGAUGGGAGUGAUACAUAUAGUGACAAUAUUGUAUUUAAAAUGACAGACGGCAAACACCAAGUUGAAUUUUUGUUCCCUAUUACAAUUGUUCCCACAGAUGACGAGCCCCCAAUUAUCAAUGCAAAUACAGGUUUAGUUUUGUUUAAAAAUCAAAUGAUGCUGAUCUCUCCUCUCAUGUUGAGCGCAGCUGAUAUAGAUUCUGAAGAUUCGACCAUUAAAUUUACCAUAGUUCCCCCGUAUUCUACAAUUGGGACUGUGCUGCUCAGACAAUCAGACGCCCCUGAAGACCCUUCCUCUUGGAAAUUCAACUCAGAAGAUGAAAUGUACGAGAAAGAGGUGAAAGAGUGGCUUCAGAAAGACAUUACAGAUGGAAAGUUGUUUUAUAAGCACGUAGGGCCACACAACACAGAAACCAUAAUGGACCAGUUUAUUUUUACAGUGCAGGACGACAAUGAUCCGCCAAACGAAUCCGGGGAAAGUGUGUUUUUAAUCCGAGUUUUACCAAUAGAUGACGUACCCCCCGAGCUGUUUCCUGGCACCACUUUGCAAAUGACCGUUCAGGAGUACAAACUAACCCAUUUCAAUAAAGAAGUUUUGCGCUAUACCGAUUUGGACUCUGAAGACCGUGACCUCAAAUACACAAUCACACAGCCUCCCACGGACACGGAUGAAAAUAAUCCAGUUUUGUUCGGUUCUUUAGUGCUAACAGACAACCCCGGGAUUGAAGUCAGCGAGUUCACCCAAGCUCAAGUUAAUCACCACAAAAUCUCCUACGGACCUCCGGAUGUAGAACUGGGCAUCACAGCUCAUGUUGUGCAGUUUCAGUAUUUAGUAGAAGAUACAUCUGGCAACACUGUAGAAGGCACUUUCACAAUCUACCUUGAGCCCGUUAACAAUAAACCACCACAAAUCACAAACACCGGCUUUACCGUACUUGAAAGAGGCAUGCACAUCAUUACCGUAGCCGAACUGGACGCCACUGACCCCGAUACUGAACACACACAAAUUACAUUUACACUAGGCCGACUUCCAAAACAUGGGCAAAUUCAACUGGAUUUUUCAGAUCUUGACGUGAAGGGAGCUUUUAAACUUGAAGACAUUUCACUAGGAAAAAUAUCAUAUAUUCACAACGGGGAGGAGACACUCACAGAUGAGUUUCAACUGGAUGUCAGCGAUGGUAUACACGCCGUACCAGUGACAGUCAAAGUCGCGGUUAAACCCAUAGAUGACGAAACUCCCACUGUCAGCUUACCAGCGGGAACAAUCGGAUCACAUAUGGAUGUCUUGGAAAAUGGUGCCACUGAAAUCACCACUAAUGUUAUCCAAGGCCAUGAUGAUGACACGGAUGACCUGCAGUUAACGUUUAUAGUGGAAGACCCUCCGGCAAUGGGAGAGAUCUUAGUAAAAGGCGUCCCUGCUAAUAGAUUCACACAAGCUGAUAUUAUCAAUGGGGUAGUGAUAUAUGCACAUACAGGUGGAGAGAUAGGGCUAUCCUCACAACAUGAUGGCUUUAAUUUAACGCUUACGGACAUGUCUGAGGAUUGGACUGUUGGUGGGAAUAAAGUUAAUGGAGCCCAGGUUAGAGUCACUAUCCUACCAGUGGACAGCCAGCCUCCAGAAGUGGGCGUUGGAGAGCAGUUUAGUGUAAUAGAAGGUGAAAAAUACACCAUAGGACCCCAGCAUUUAAACGCAGACGACAGCGACACACCGACAGAUGAUAUACUUUGCACUAUUGUAGUCCAGCCAAUGGUGGGAUAUGUGGAGAACAUUUCGCCAGCUCCAGGAUCUGAAAAAUCAAGAUCGGGAACAGCAAUAAGUGCUUUCACAAUAGGAGACAUUAGAGAAGGCAAUAUUUACUAUGUGCAGAGCAUCCACAAAGGAGUAGAGCCAGUGGAAGACAGGUUUACAUUCAUGUGCUCAGACGGCAUCAAUUUUUCUGAAAACCACUUCUUCCCAGUUGUGAUUAUCCCAGCAAACGAUGAAAAACCAGAAAUUUACCUGCGUGAGAUAGUUGUAAUGGAAGGCAUGAAUAUUGUAAUAGACACUCCUAUUCUAAAUGGCGCAGACACCGACAUCCCGCCCGAAGAACUUAUAUUCACAAUCUCCAAACCUCCCAAACACGGCGCCAUCUUGAACCAGCUCUCUACUGGAUCUGUUCUCGUGACAAAUUUCACUUUAGAGCAGAUCAGGGAGGCAUCUAGCAUUAUUUAUGAGCAUGAUGACUCAGAAACAACAGAGGACAGUUUUGAAGUUACUUUAUCAGAUGGGAAGUACUCUGUGCACAAAACCGCCAUAGUUAUGAUUGUAUCUGUUGAUGAUGAGACCCCAAGAAUGCUUAUCAACGAUGGACUAGAAGUGGAGAUUGGUCAGACUAAAGAAAUUAACAACAAAGUGCUCAAAGCUACGGAUUUAGAUUCAGACGAUAGUACACUCACUUACAUUAUCAGAUUUGGGCCAGGUCAGGGAUUACUGCAGAGAAAAACUCCCUCUGGAUCUUUGGAAAACAUCACUAUCGGGAUGAAUUUCACACAAGCCGAUAUCGAUGCAGGUCUGCUCAGCUACACCCACAAUGGACAAGAGGGCAUCAGAGAUUUGGUUAAAUUUGAUGUUACAGACGGCAUGAACCCACUAAUCGAUCGCUAUUUCUACAUCACCAUCGGCAGUAUUGAUAUGGUGUUCCCAGAUGUAGUUAGCAAAGGAGUAUCAUUGAAAGAAGGCGGUAGAGUGACGUUAACCACUGAUCUUCUUAGCACAACAGACAUGAAUAGUCCAGAUGAAAACCUGGUGUUUACCAUUACCAGAGCACCAGUAAGAGGGCAUUUGGAGUGCACAGAUAGUCCUGGGAUGCCUAUAGCCUCCUUUACGCAGUUGCAGCUAGCAGGCAGCAAAAUCUAUUACAUCCACACCUCGGACGAUGAGAUCAAAAUGGACAGUUUUGAAUUUGAAGUUACAGACGGCUACAAUCCCAUUUUCAGAACAUUUAGGAUCUCUAUUGUUGAUGUUGAUAACAAGAAACCGGUAGUUACCAUCAAUACGCUACUUGUCAGCGAAGGCCAAACGAAACUUAUUACACCUUUUGAGUUGACGGCUGAGGAUCAAGAUACACCAGAAAAAAUGUUAAAGUUUACAGUAACGCAGCUGCCGAUUCAUGGUAAAUUACUGUACAACCAGUCCACGCCUGUUAUGAGCUUUACUAAACAAGACCUAAAUGAAAAUCUUAUUAGCUACAAACACGAUGGCACUGAAUCCUCCCAAGACUCCUUUUCUUUUACAAUCACAGAUGGCACGCAUACAGACUUUUUUGUUUUUCCCGAUACUGUUUUUGAGACGAGGAGACCACAAAUGAUGAAAAUAACAAUAGUCGGCUUGGACAACGGGGUGCCACAAAUGGUGGUCAAUAAAGGGGCACCAACUUUGAAGAUUUUGCCGACGGGACUCUUGGGAUUCCCGCUGAGUCCAAAAGUGCUGAGGGCGGAGGAUAGAGACAGCAGCCCCAUGUCGCUGGUGUUUCGCAUCACAAUUCAGUCCAAACAUGGUUACAUCAUCAACAUGGGACAAGGAAACAACUCAAUCGACACAUUCAGCCAAGCUGACAUUGACGACCUCAGCAUCUGCUACGUGUUACGCAAUGAUGAAAACGCCACCUCAGACCUCUUCCACUUCUCUGUUGAAGAUAAAGGUGGGAAUAAGCUGAAGGGGCAGCAGUUCCGCCUGGACUGGUCCUGGAUUUCUCUGGAGAGGGACUACUUUGUGGUGGAUGAAGACGACAAGUAUCUGGAGGUGGUGCUCAGACGGAGGGGGUAUCUCGGGGAGACCUCUUUCAUUGGUAUUGGCACCCAAGAUGGCACAGCAGAGAAAGAGAAGGAUUUCAAAGGCAAGUCCCAAAAGCAGGUCCAGUUUAACCCGGGUCAGACCAGAGCCACAUGGAGGGUCCGGAUCCUUUCAGAUGGGACGUACGAACAGGCUGAGACCUUCCAGAUCCUCCUGUCGGAGCCUGUGAUGGCAGUGCUGGAGUACCCCUUCAUUGCCACUGUGGAAAUCCUAGAUCCCAAUGAUGAGUCCACAGUGUUCUUCUCAGAGCAGAGCCGCGCAGUGGAGGAGGAUGUUGGAGAGCUUUUCAUCCCGGUUCACCGCAGCGGAGACGUCAGCCAGGAGCUUAUGGUGGUCUGCUACACACAGCAGGGUUCUGCCACUGGGACUGUCCCGACCACAGUGUUGUCCUACUCAGACUACAUCUCCCGGCCCGAGGAGCACGGCAGCAUGGUGCGCUUCGAUAAGGGCCAGAGGGAGAAGCACUGCCGCGUGGUGAUUAUCGACGACUCUCUAUAUGAACAAGAGGAGAGCUUCAACGUCAGCCUGUCCCUGCCUGUAGGGGGCAGACUGGGCACUCACUACUCCACCACCAAAGUCACUAUUGUGGAGGACGCAGAUGACGCUCCGGUCUUUUACUUUGGGGAGGUGGAGUACCGUGUGGAUGAGAGCGCGGGGCAUGUGGAGGUGAAAGUGUGGAGGACUGGAACAGACCUGUCCAAAACCGGGACCGUCACAGUUCGCUCCCGCAAAUCUGAGCCUAUCUCUGCUGAGGCUGGAGUGGACUAUGUGGGCAUCAGUCGUAACCUGGACUUUUCUCCCGGCGUGAGCAUGCAAACCUUCAAAGUGACCAUUCUGGAUGACCUGGGCUGUCCCGAGCUGGAGGGGCCCGAGAGCUUUGACCUGGUGCUGCGAAUGCCUGUGAACGGAGUGCUGGGGGAGCCCGCCAAAGCCUCUGUGUUCAUCAACGACUCUGUGUCUGACUUGCCAAAGGUGCAGUUCCGUGAGGCGCUGUACUCUGGAGAAGAGAGCGAUGGUCACAUUUUGGCAAUGGUUCACCGAAGCGGAGACAUUCGGCACAGAUCCACAGUCCGGUGCUACACCAGACAGGGCUCGGCUCAGGUCGGGUUGGACUUUGAAGAACUCCCCAACACGGAUGCAUCUAUUAUCACCUUCCUCCCAGGGGAGGCAGAGAAGCCGUGUGUGCUGUCUCUGGUGGAUGACUCGCUGUAUGAGGAGGGGGAGGAGCUGCGCCUGGUUCUGGGAAGUCCCAAGAGCGACUCACAGUUUGGGGCGUCAGUGGGAGAUCUGAACGAGACUCUGGUCAAGAUCAAGGACACUGCCGACAAACCCAUCAUCCGCUUCUCUGAGACCAAGUUCAGUGUGAGUGAGCCCAAGGAGGCGGGGUCUGUUGCCACGGUGCAGGUCCCUGUGGUGCGCCUGGGAGACACCUCUAAAGUGUCGGUGGUCCGGGUGCACACCAAAGACGGGUCGGCGGUCUCCGGAGAGGACUACCACCCCGUUUCUCAAGACGUGGAGUUCAAACAGGGCGAGACAGAGCAUGUGGUGGAGGUGGAGGUCCUCUUUGACGGGGUAAGGGAGAUGAGGGAGGCCUUCACUCUGCACCUGAAGCCAGAUGACAACAUGGUGGCCGAAACGCAGGUGACCAAAGCGAUCGUGUACAUUGAGGAGACAAACAGCAUGGCGGACGUCACGUUUCCAUCCCUGCCCCACGUCAUGUCGCUGCUUCACUAUGACGACACUGAGAGGACACAGGAUAAGCUCCGCCCACCAGCCGGAUACCCAGUUGUCUGUGUUACUGCCUGUGACACUAAAUACUCAGACUACGACAAGACUGGCUCCAUCUGCGUUAGCGAACACAUCAACAACACCCUCACCCGGUACCGCUGGCUCGUGAGCGCCCCCACUGGGUCAGACGGCGUCACUAGUCCCAUGAGAGAGGUGGACUUCGACACCUUUUUCACCUCCUCCAAAAUGAUCUCCCUGGACUCCAUCUACUUCCAGGCUGGGUCGCGGGUACAGUGUGCGGCCCGGGCCGUUAACUCCAACGGGGACGAGGGCCUGGAGCUCAGCAGUCCCAUUAUCACUAUCAGCCGUGAAGAAGGUAUGUGUCAACCGCGUAAGAUGGGGACAGUGGGAGCCGAACCGUUUUCAGCUAAACUCCGCUACACUGGCGCAGAUGACCCCAAGCACCCCAACCUCAUCAAAGUCACUGUCACUAUGCCGCACAUCGACGGAAUGCUUCCGGUCAUCUCCACUCGGCCCCUCAUGAACUUCGAGCUGACCCUCUCUCCAGACGGGACUCGUGUGGGGAACCACCGCUGCUCCAACCUUCUCGACUACAAUGAAGUCAGCACAGGCCAUGGCUUCAUCAGCACCCUGACCCGCAGCACUGAGAGCAUGGGAGACGCUGCCCCCUACCAGUACAGCGGCGCACUGCGGGGAAACAGCACGCUGCGCUUCUACAAAAACCUGAACCUGGAGGCCUGUCUGUGGGAGUUCAGCAGCUACUACCACAUGUCCGAGCUGCUCACAGACUGUGGGGGCACCAUAGGCACGGAUGGACAGGUGCUGAACUUGGUCCAGUCCUACGUUACUCUGCGCGUCCCUCUCUACGUCUCCUAUGUGUUCCACUCCCCUGUGGGCACCGGUGGCUGGCAACACUUUGACCUCCAGUCUGAGCUGCGUCUCACGUUUGUGUACGACACGGCCAUUCUGUGGAGGGAUGGGAUCGGCAGCCCCCCGCAGGCUGAGCUGCAGGGUGCCCUGUACCCCAGCAGCAUGCGCAUCAAUGAGCAGGGACGUCUGGUGGUGAACUUCAGGACCAAAGCUCGGUUCAGGGGGUUGUUUGUGGAGACUCAUUCUGCAGGAAGAAUCAAAAGAGCAGUUAAUAAAGUGUCAUCAAUGGUGAUGAGUGUGGACCACCCUGGACUCACUUUCAACCUGACUCUGGUGAGGAGUGAGCCCACCUACAACCAGCCUGUACAGCAGUGGACUUUCACUUCAGACUUUGCUGUGCGAGAUUACUCUGGGACAUACACGGUGAAGCUCAUCCCAUGCACAACAGCCCAAAACAUGGAGUACACUGUCCCACCAGUUUGUAGUCCAAGAGAACCAGUGACCUUUGACCUUGAUAUCCGCUUCCAGCAAGUGAGCGAUCCAGUUGCUGUGGAGUUCAGUCUAAAUACUCAGAUGUUACUGCUGUCAAAGAAGAAUGUGUGGCUGUCAGAUGGAUCUAUGGGCUUUGGAGAAGAGAGUGAUGCUGCCUUUUCAGAGGGUGACACCAUCUACGGUCGUGUGAUGGUGGACCCAGUGCAGAAUUUGGGUGACUCUUUCUUCUGCAGCAUUGAGAAGGUCUUCCUCUGCACUGGAUCAGAUGGAUACGUGCCAAAAUACAAUCCCUCUAAGUUUGAGUUUGGUUGCCUAGCUGACUCUCCAUCACUGCUCUACAGGUUUAAGAUUUUGGACAAGGCUCAGCCGGAGACGCAGGCGACAGUAUUUGGGGAUGUACCAUUUAACGCUGUGCUAGCGGUAGAUGACUCCUCAGCGCUGCCUCUGGUCAGACAGGCAGGAUCCGAUGGCUUCAGGCUUGACUCUACCGCCAUGUUCCAGGUGGCUGCAGGUCGUGAGUGGUACAUCCACACCAUCUACACUGUGCGCUCACGGGAGAACGCUAACAGAGGCAUUGGAAAGCGCAGCAUCGAAUACCACUCUUUUAUUUCUGCGGAUACCAACCUGGCCUUACCAUCACAGAGCCUCAGCCACCGCCCCAAACGCUCUGUAGGUGACGAUAUCCCACAAGUGGCUGAGGAUAUUGGUGCUGAAAACAAUCGUGGCACCAACAUUAUGCACAUCGCUCUGGAUCGUACAAAGAGGCGAGCUGUGGGGCCCAAAUCGCUGCUUGAAGAAGGACAAAAGACAAGUGAAUUUAAUGCACACGGAGAAGAAGAUGGUAUAGUGACUGUUGUGGGAGCUUUAGUAGGCAUGUUGCUAACCAUCCUAAUAAUUGUCAUAGUUAUACUUGUGCUAAGAUCGAGACAGAAAGAUGGGAAAGAGGGAUGGAGAGAGGGUGUUCAGGAGGUGGUCAAAGGAUCGGUCAGCACAGAGCCAAUGCUGGUGGUGAGGAUGCAAGACUGCCACAACAGCUCUGAAGUCUGAGAGAGGCUCAAAUGGACAAAUGGACUAAAAAUACAGAAUCAGCAUUUGGGGUUUUUAUAAAAAUGUAUUUCUUCUUUUUUACAAAUUUCAUAACACCAAAAAUGUGUUCAUAUGUGUUAAUGGGUGUGUGUACUGUAUGUCUGUUAUUUGGGAAAUUCCACAAUUUUAACUCCACUGCGGUAUUUGAAAUUGAAAUGGAAAAAUUACACCUCUGUGACAUUGUUUUAAAGCAUUAUUGAAUUGACUAUGUGGUGUUUUCAGUUCCUGGUAAUAGUACAAUGAACUCAAAACAAUUAAAGGGGUUUGCACAUAUCUAAUGUCACAAAGGCCAGAGCAAAAAUCCUUUUUUUUGUUUUUUUUGUUUCUCGAUUAAGACAAAAUUC